AUGGUUUUGUCCGAUAUGAGAACAAGCGCUUCACCCCGUCAAAGCUAUUUCAGUUCGGACCAUCGGAGGUCGAAGAGGCAGGGAAUGAGACUCUGGCAUCGUAACAAACCGGGGGGAAGGGGAAGGAAGGGAGCGGAACCGUUCGUCAAUGGCGAAACCAAUCGCCUUGAACAUCAACUAAUCAAUGAAAACCGUGCAACUUCGAAAAGUCACCAACAGGAUCGUCCAGCUUCCGAAGGGGAUAGCCAGUCGACUAGAUGA